UCUGUGUCUCUCUCUUCUGACGCUGGCUCAGAGUACUGCUGAUGCCUCCAUACUCACUACCCAGGAAAUGCCCCAGUCUGGAUCUGUGUGUAUGGUUGUGUGUGUGUGCGUGCAUGUGUUUGUUUGAGGAAUAGCUGCCAGAACAUUAGCCUGCAGUGCUCUGAGUGCCAGAAGCUUUAGGGUUGUGUGCAGAAUGGAUGUGAGGUUGAAUGGGAAUUGAUGAGUUUGUAUGGGACUGCAUUAGAUGACACUCUAAGCGUGUAUCAUUUUGCUAUGAGCUCAGAUGUAAAAUAUGAACCCCUGUCUCCUCUCCAAGUAUCUAGCAGUUGUGCCAGCCGAAAUUCUUUUCAGUCUCUGCUUCAUCCUCCCAGUUGUGUCGUCUCCAACAGAACUACACACGCUAAAUAUCUUAUGUUAUCUGCAAGCUCUGUGGUUCUACAGAUAUUUUUAAGCCAUCAUGCAACCACUGUUGUUCCAUAUUACAUUUUUAUAUAUUUUGGUUUGUGUAACUACAUAAUGUUUUCUAACCGGGUGUUGUUCUAACCUUGUUGGUCCCUGAUUUUCCUACUAAAAAUGUUUAAUCACGGUUGCUGUCUGCCAUGCUUUUACUGUUGGUUACUAUUUAAAGCUUCAAUCGAUUAAAACAUGUUUUACUGACAUGCAACUCGCAGUGACAGUAUUGUUUGUUUUAAACCAUCCGAAUAAAACGAGUUGACAACGACAAAUUGAUGGUAGUUACUUUACCCUCCGUUUGUUUAGCGUCGUUGCCAUGGUGAUGUGCUUUACCCCGUGCACUUGGAGCGGUUAGUCGCUCCAAGUAAAAGGGUUAGUAAGUGCUUUACUCGGGUAAAAUUACAGUUGUGGCCACCGAAAUGGAUUUACCGUUUUCAUAUUACGGGAAUCUUGAUAAAAGGAACCCAGUUGUUUCGGCCUUCGAACGGGACAUCGCCUCGUUUACAACGUUGAUGAGACGAGUCGCUUCUUCGAACUACCACGAUAACGGCUCUCACGCUAAAGGGAUUCAAAUCUUGGUGGAGAUUUGGAAAAAGUACAAACAACGACUGCCUUCGAAGUUUUACCUGGAGCGCAUGUUGCAGAUUGCUGACUUUCUUUUUGAAAUAAAGUUGUACCAAACUGCUUUUUGGCAAGGAUACAGUCUCCACCUGCAACAGUUCAACUCAGUGAAAAUAACGGACAUCACAGAUGUGGACCACUUCAUGUCCUCUUUCUUCCCAGAAGGUUUUGAUACAGAUGCCUUUGCCCUGAAGAUCCGUGCAAUGCAUGGCUGUGCCUUGUGUAUGUUUGAGCGGGAGAAAAGGCACACUGCUCUCAGCCAGAAGGGCCUCUGUGAACUGUUGCGUGUGCUGAACUUCAUCAGGAUUAUGAUGCAGUCGUUGCAGCCACAUGAGCAUCUCUGCCAGCAAAUAUAUAAUGGUUCAUUACUCAUCUACAACAUCUGCCGUUACUUGAUGACCAUGAAUUGUAGUGCUCAGGCACUGGAGUACCUUCUAUGGGCAAGCAUCAGUUUGGAGCUGUCCAUCACUCUGAUGUCUGCUAAGUAUCUACCUUUGAUUGUCACACUCUACUGUGCCGUCUGCCACUGUUACUAUGACAACCAGGCUGGUUCUCAGGCGGAGAAAUUUGCCAGGAGAGCUCUUGGAAAAAUCAACGAGUUAGCAAAACUAGAGGAGCAGAAUAAACUUCCUGCCUCCAGAGAGACUCACAGAGCUUACAAAGAAGCCUCUAUCAAGCUAGCUUCCAUGAUGUUCAAGCAUGCAGUAUUUGAGGCCAGAAGAAGACCAAAACACAUCCGGAGAAUUAAAAGCAAAAACACGUUGAAGGACAUACCCAAUGGGCCAUGGCCUUGUAAUACAACAGAGCGCAUACUAAUGGCGCUGUUUGAUAGCAGUCCAGCGCAGCUCUUGGGCAUCUUAGAGACACUUUGGGACAGCACCAGACGCCCCCUACAGUCAAGGAUGCCAGAUGAACCAGAGCGGCAGGAGGUGACCCUGGAACUCCUGUCUGCUGGCAUGAGUAUAUUAUCUGGAACCUCAACUACUGGUGAGUCUCUUGUGAGUCUCAGUGCACUGACACCAACAUCCACACUAAUGGAUCUGGCCAUUGCAGGAGAGAACAAAGUACCCAUCAGGUCUGCCAUGCGGUUUAUUAAGAUCUUGUUUCGGUACAAGCAGACAGAUGCUUUCACCGACCUUGCCAGAGAGAUGCAGCAGGUUCUGUCUUGUGUAGAAGGUCAUUCAUUCGAGAAGGAAAAGCUGGAGCUCGCUUUGCUUGUCAGCUUCAAUCGUUUGCUGUCUUCCCAGAGGAGCCAUCCUAGACAAGACAACACAAUUGAUGAUACACAGAAGUCUUCAUUCUCGAUGGGCGAUGAGUUCAUUGACCUGGUAGACAACCUGCACAAGUCUGUCUGUGUCUCUGCUCUUGAGGUGCAGUCAGAUGAGGAUUUGGUUUUGGAUGUUGUGUUAUUUCUGUGGGGUGAAGUGAAGCUGGUGAUUCCGAGGGAUCAGCUACAAAACCUACAGUUUACACACUACCAUGAGAAGGUUGAUAAUUAUGAAAAGUGGCUGUGGUGUCUGUUUAUGUUGUGUGAGGUGGCUCAUGCCUUUGACCUGGCUGCUGUUGACUGCAUAAUGACGGCAGAGAUGAUUCAAACACUGGCUGUACUGCUUGAGAGUGCAGCUGAACGCAGUAAUCAAAGUAGAGGACCUUGUGAAUCAGACUGUGAGGGUGGUAAUCCAAGCUCUUUCUCUCUGCUUGAGAGUUCAAGCACAGAGCUGCUUCAGAGAGUGUGUGAGGUGGUCGAUAAGGGUCUUGAAGCUCUGGCAAAGGCUGUUGCUACAAUGCUGCCCCAAGAUCGCUCAGCAAUCAUUGACUCUGCCUACAUGCAGAGAUUUUUUCCUCUCCCACCAUCUACUCCCUCCUUAUUUUUUCCGACGUCAUCAGAGGAGGGAAAUGUGGAAAAUGAAAUAAGUCACAAAAAGGAAGAAAUCAAAACUACGGCAGAAUCCGAUAACAGAACCUCUCGAUACAGCCAGUCCUCACAAGCGUUCCUGCUGGCCACACACUUUCAUCUAGAGCUUGUCAUCAUCCACCACAGGGCUUCCCUCAAGUUAGUGCAGCUGAAUGCAGUUGCAGAGUCUGAGCUGUUGGAUCGGAUCAAGAAGAACAAGGUGUCCAAAGCCAUUUUUCUGAUGCAGAAAGCCUUUCUGGCGUACAACACCAUGGAGCCAAAUCGCAGCAACCAAACCCAGAGUCUGCUAGAGGAGGCCUCCACACUAAUAGAGAAGGCCGGGGUGGAAGAGAGAAAACUGUAUUCCUCCACCACGCCUAAGACUCCAGCUGAAAGCAAAGAUAAAAGGAAGAAGGAAAAGGAAGAAAACUCACCACCUCCCCCUAUCUUGCUGUCACGCACAGACCGCUCCUUAACCUUUUCCCCAGCACCUUAUAACUUGGAGGGCCAGGUAUGCUGGUACCAGCUCUGUGGCCGUGCAGCUGAGGGCCUCAACCAGAAAGUCCGCCUCGGAGACUGCAGCCUGCAAGGAACUGGGAAUAUGGUACCCGCAGUAUCUGAUGAGUGCGUGCUGAAAGUGGAGGGGCUGGAGCCCAACCAGAAGUAUGUGUUUGCAGUAGCAGCCUACAACUGCCAGGGCGAUCUUAUGGGCAACACCAUAGGAGGGUCAACAUCUCCAUUGUUGGCCUCCCUGCCGGUAUCACUGCUUUACACGUGGGCUCACUUGGCACAGGUGGCAUUUCAAACAGAGCAGUAUGCUGUAGCAAAGAGAGCCUGCCGAGAGCUGUGGAUCCACUAUACCUACACUGACCCUGGGUCCCAGGGCAUACGGGACAGACUGGCUAUCACAGGGCUGCGUGUCGAGACCUUGCAACGCUCCUCUCCUUACUUGUGUCAGUUGGUCCUAACUUCUAUCUUCAUUGAGUCAGAGAUCAACAUUCAGCAGGAAUCCCUCUAUUGUGACUCAUUCAGUGAGAACGGGCUGUUUAUCUGGGAACAGGAAGCCAGACUGGCAGAGUGUGAGCGGAUGUUGGUGGCCAUGGACCUGGCAAUGUGGCUGAAUGACGGUAGUGCUGCAGUGCAAGCUGUAGUUAGCUGUUAUGGCUUCCUUGCUCCUCUAAUAUUCCAUCAGAUCGCUUGCAACCCUGUUGUACAGGUGCUAAAAAAAUGUUUGACAGUUUUGGAAGAGAAUGCAGGUCUUCUCAAACAGAAAUUGAUUGGAAACACCUCAGAGUUCUUUAUGCACAUGAUAGCCUGCAUCACCUACUACCUACCCAAGGCCUUACAUGUGCUCAGGGAGCAUGAGAUGGCUUCUGCGGUGUUGGACGGUGGUCGAAGGCUGCUCCAAGAGAUCUAUGAGGCUCAGCUGCAGAUCAGUAGACUUACUGCCAAAGCUGUGGGUUCUAAGACCAAUAAUGCUACAAUCAAGGGUGAAAUAAAGCUAAAUCUUUGGCUUAAAGCACUGCAUUGGAAGAACAAGAAAACAAACGCAACUGAAGCAGCUCUCGUGGAAGACGAUGAUAUUUUACGCUCACUAUCUGGCGCUGAGGACCCCACCGUAUUGUAUGAUGUGUUGUCCAAGAGCAGAUUAAAAAACGCCUACGUAAAAGUGAUGAAGCUCAGACACAAGGUAUAUUUUAUUGAGUUUGCGGCACUAAUCCUGCAGAGAGCCAUGGAAGAAGGCCAUCCGAACCUUGUGUUAAAGUGGGGACAAACCAUGUUGGAAUUUUUAUCCAGUAGGGACAGGGUGUUGGGAAUGUCCAAAAAACAUCUGGAGCGAAACAGUCAGACUAAAGGAAGAAGUAGUGCUCAGGCUGCAAAAGGAAAUCAACCGCCAGAGAGCACAACUUCUAACAAUGACGCAAGGAAGAAACUCCAAAAGAUGCCUCACAGCAUGCUCCAGAGAGUGAGAACUAACAGGGAAAAGCAGGCUGUGGAGAACAUGCUAACCACAAUGUCGUCCGUGGUGCAACGCCACAAGAAACAGCUUGACCUGAGGAGGGUUUGCUGUGGGGAGCAAGUGUGGAAGUCUCAACUCAACUACAGCAUGGCCGUAGCUCAUUUAGCACUGCUUUACCAGGGCCUGGACCAGCUGCAUCAGCUGCACGCAGGAGCCCUGCAGCAGAGCUACAACCAGUUAAAUCCAUUAUUUUUCUCUCUGGCCUACACUGGUGUUCUGGUUCGGAGGAACCCACAGCAACGGAGAUCGUCCAAAAAUGAGCCUGUCUCAGGGAGAGACUCCUCCCUUGCCGGUAUUCAGGAAUGCGUGGCUACACACAAAGAGAGGAAUGAAAAAGAGGGAGUCAGAGUGGACGACUCUGUCACAGAGGAGAGUUGUGAAGAGGGAGAGGUCUCUCAAAUGGUGGAACAGCAGAUUGAGACACACAGAUGCACUGCAGCCUUGCUGCUGGAGUCACUUAACAAAGCUGCUUUACAUUUCCAAAGAGCCAUGGUGUUGGCGCAUCGUGGCAGCCACUGGACAACUCUAAAGUCUGUGUGUCAGACCGUGUGGGACCAAAGCUGCAGAAUCACUGUCCUAGUACAGAGAGCUGCUCAGCAUGCAUCUCCCUCCUCCAUCACACCAGACCAGCUGCAAAGCACCUUCACUACCCCACUACUAGUGCUGGCUACUGACCUAAUGAUGGACAUGCUGAACAUACUUGGGCUGUGGAGUUUGUAUGACAGAGACUUCACUGAGGAAGAACUUGAGUCCAGUCUACACUUCUCAGCACCACUGGAUAACAGAACCCAAGUGGACCUGCGCUGGGUUCGCACCCUGGUUUUGCAGACUCUGGAGCAUCUCCAUGACUGUGGCAAAUGGGAAAGCCUGGCUCACUUUGCCUUGGUUUUCAACUCAUACACACGGGAACGUUAUGCCUUGAUCAUAACUCCCCUGCUAGUCCAUGCUCAGAGGCGACUGCUUGAAAGAAUAAGUUCUUUUGGAGGACCUACAGUCCCUCAACCACACCAUAUCAAGACACAGAAGGUCACUGGCAAGGAGGUAACCAACAGGAGCUAUGCAGACACACAACUGCUCAUUGGGUGUCAGCAACCGACCAUUCCCAGAAAAGCAGCACUCACAAACUCCACUCCUCGUGGCACAGUUGACCUUAAAGGUGCAGAGAUACAGCACUCCAUGUCCCGUGUGUGCGUUCCUCUGGAUGUAGGAGACACACUUAGCUGUUACCGCCAAGCUCUUGAGAGAAGGCCACAUUGUCUUCACGUCUUUCAGCAUAGUCGCUCCUUACUGCUGCAACUUCUUGCAUUCACAAAGCCCAUCUCUGAUUUCAGUCCCUUAGUAAUGCCUUGUCCAAGCAUCCAACCUAGAGACCUGACGGAGGAGAACUACAGUGAUCCAAAUGCUCUCUACACCCUCCCCAUCAGCCCAGACUGCAUGACGACCGUCUGUGCUGCAUACUCCACCUCCAUUAAGUAUCUCCAAGCCAACAAUCAAGACUCCCUCACAGUUCUGGCACUGCAUGAAUUGGGAAACCUAAUGUUCUACGAUGGAAACACACGGGGAGCACACUUACACUGGAGUAAAGCAGUUGAUUGUGCCUUACAGAGCUCAGGUGCUGUAAAGAAAUGGGAUGGCAUGUCCUUUGGGAGUUGCUCAAUGCAACAAACCCUAAAAGAAGUUGGCAUUUGGGGAUGUCUACAAGCUGCGGGACUCACUGCUAAGAUUGCACGGUAUAUCUUAACAGCUGAUACCAGCGAGCGGACCAAGUGCUGUCUCAUGUCUGCACAUCUCUUUAAGUGUGUGCUGUGUUGCUCCCUGGCUCACCCCCAAGACGACCUCCGGUACGCUUCUCACAGCAUUGGAGAUGAACUGCUCCCUGGAGUUGACCUUUUCUCCGAACCCCACCGGGUUCACCUCAGCACCACUGUAACCAGCCUUAACUUCAUCUGCCACUGGCUUUUCACUACAGGCUACUACAUUACGCUAUUGCCCAUGCUAGCCCUUUAUCUUCAUUUUGUGGGGAGUGUGUGCAGAGAUUUCCAACGCACCGUUGAGGGGAAAAUACUUAAGAUUCGUGCCCUUACUGAACUGUGUCUGUUCACUGAAGCUGUAAAGGAGACAGUUGAGCUCACACAAAGCUCAGGGGUCCUUCUGCCCCAUGGACACAACAUUAUCAAAAACAAUCUCCAGCCUGCAAAGAUGUUUUACAGCAACAAGUCUCUCCUGGAAAAUUAUGAGGCUUUGGAGGAACUUUUGAACUGUGACUUUGCUCCAGAGGUCCCAUCAGUGUAUGGACCCACAUUGUGCCUCAGAGUCAACCUAGCUCGUAUUCAACUAGUCCUGGCACUCAGUGGCACCGUACAUGGCUCUCCUGUCCCAGAUACGGUUGAAAGAGACGCUUCUGCGAACAUAACAAGUUGUAACAACUCAAAAUCUCAUGAAGAGGGCAGAUCGGACCCUGGAGCCUUUCGUCUAAAGACAGAAGAGCUGAAAGUGCUGACCCUUGAUAAAGAAAAGGAAAAUCUUGUGCCAGGAAGAAUAAAGUUCCUUUUACUAGAAGGAGCAUCCCACUGGUUGCAUUCUGUUUUGCGUCAGCUGAAACGUCAGUCCUGUAAUAAAAUGGAGAACCUGGAACUCUUAGUUGAGUCCAAGCUUCUAAAGGCCAAUCUAAACCUGCAGCAAGGAAAUGCUGCAAAUAGUUCCAAGAUGGCAAUUUCAGCUUUGGUGCUACUGCAGACAUGUCCAGUGAUCAUGAGAGGAAUCCGACUUAUCUCUCCAAAACCUGCAUCUGAGAUGCCACAUGCCCUGACUGGAAUGGAACAGGGCUCUCAAGGUUGCAGUGUGUCAAAGCUGCAGUGGAGUGGAGAGUGGCCUAAGGAAGUUGAGGCCAGUGAGAGAAUUGGGGUUUCUCUUUGGCUUCGGUGCCGCCUAGCCCUGGUCCACAGCCUGGCUGCACUGAUUCCUGGCGCUGCUGAACCUUUCCCAGGUAAGAACCUUAAUGAGGAAGCAGCAUCGGUCUUACGGGAGGGACUUGGUGAAUGUGCGCGAUGGGGAGACCUGGAUAUUCAGGCCCUCUUGAUGGUUGAAGAUGCCAAAUUCAAAGCAAAGAGAGGCAAUACUGAAGAAAGCAAGGCAAAGCUUAAGGAAGCUGUUGCUUUGCUGUCCGGAUGUACAUUCAUGCCACCAAGGUCUAUAGUGACUCUGGCUCGGGCCACUUUCCUUCUCUGUGACCUGAGAGGAGUACACAGCAUCCCACUUCUUGAACUGACACAGAAACUUUUGAAAAAGCAGCUGUGUGUUUUGGGUCAGAGUUGGGUAUUGGAUGAUGGAAAAACGUUUUCUACUUCUGGACCCUUUAACAUCUACCUACCUUACCUUAACCUACUGGAUCAGACAACUGUGCAAAUGGAUCAAAUCCUGGAUUGUAGCGGAAGGCAAAUACCAAUCCCUGCCCAGUCAUCACAAUCCAGCACCAGGCAGCAUUCAAACCAGUCAGGCCAGAUUGGGAUGGAAUCGAAAAGCACCAGUUUCAUCUCUGUAAAUCCAAAGUAGCAGCAGUUCAGCCUCACAUGCUCAGCCAGAUAAGCAGAGUGGAAUUGCACUCUUAAUGCACUCAACGUUAUGCUUUCAAUCCAUCUUUAGGUGACAGUCUCUUUUGACUUGACUAACAAAUACAAUAUUUUUGUUAUGUUUUUCUUUUUUAUUGUUUUUGGAUCCUGAAGAAGAGAAAGAAUAACUUUUGUUGAUUUUAGAAAUAAAUCGAUGGUGAAAUGAAUAAAGUCUCUUAUUGAAG